AUGGCCACAGCCCAAGAUGUCCUUCCAGCACUGGACUUCCCACUCUCACCGUUCGUCACCUACGAAGCGUGGUCGCAAUCUACAUUCGAUCUCACCUCGGGAGUAAUACGACCAGACCAGGGCGCCGUCGGUUUUCCUGCUACCGAUCCCAACCUAGACCCUUUACUCGCACCCAGGCUUGCUGUGGGGUCGCCCAUGUCAGGGCUCGGCGAUGCGUACACGGACCUUCCACCAAACCCCAUUACGGAGGAGCCCGCGACGACCAUGCUGCCAUCUGUCGCUCGAUUUCCGUACUUUGUCGAAAAGGUAGAGUUUCCAUUCAUCUCGACAUUUGACGGAGAAAACUGGGCACGCAUCAAGCGCUACAUGGUCAUGCUGAGCGCUCGCAGUCCGGUCAUAGCCUCUGCGAUAUCAGCCGUCGAGGCACUCUACGAAGCCGAAGAACUCGGCCAAGAGACGUCCAAUGCCAUUUCUCUAUACUACGCCGCCAAAGCCGACCACGCCAAAAUGCUGCGGUUCCAAGAGCCCGACCUCGAGUUCACCUUUAUCGUGAUGGCGCUGUUGGCUUGUUUUGAGGUAGUCUCUCAGCAAGACACUGUGCCGACCAUGAUGAAAUCCGAAGGUCCCUUUGUGAUCAAGCUGGAGCGUUGGAUCCAGCAGCGGCCGUGGCCGCCCGUGGUAUGCCGCAUCGAGACAUGGCUGAAGCUACUACACGUCAAGGCGCUGCAUCUCGGGGGGAGAGGCUUCAUGUCGGCAAAAGUCAGCCAUCUGUUCUCGUACAACGCCGCCACUCUGACACCCAGUCUGAUAUUUCUGGACCGAGAUCCUCCUCCAACAUCGAUUCUGUAUGACGGGCUAGCAUCUCCCCUUUUCGAAUUCUACAUUCAGACCCAGCAAAUCGGGGCAUCGAUCUGCGGUCUGAACCGCCAUCACCGCUCGAGGGGCACCCUGGCCGACGAAAGCGAAGUAGACCAGACGGCCCUGAAGAUCCGACAGCAACUGGCCCUGUUGCGGCAGCAGGCGCCGAGCCUUUUACGGCUGAACAGGGACCAGCUCCAGGCUCUCGUUCCCGAACCGCUCCUCGACGAGCUAUCGACGCUGAUCGACCUGUGCAACGCGGCGUAUCAGAUCGAGAUUGUCGACCUCGGCCGCGCGCACGGACAAUGGCUGACGCCGACACCCGAGGCACAGGAAGCGCUGCGCCAAGUCCGGCGGAUCGUCGACGACAACGUCGCGCGCAACCACGCCGCCGUGAACCCGGGGUUCAUGUGGCCCAUCUUCUUCUACGCGCUCGAGGCCGACCAAGAGGGCGGCAACUGGGCCGUGCAGAUGCUCCAGCGGGUGCAGAAACCGAUAUAUCAGAGCGCCUUUAUGGCGCGUUUUCUGGCGGCCGUCGUCGAGUUACAGGGCCAGCGGUCCGACCGCGUCGAUUGUCGGUACUUGUGCACCGAGAAAUUCGGCAUUGCACCUCCGUUUAUCUAG